CUGAAGCACGAGGCAAACAACACGAUCCCCUGUCUUCCCUGUGAUUGCUUUCUCAAUGUCAAAAUUCUUCUUCAGCUGAUCGAAUUCCCACAUGUUCUUUUUCUAAUUUUGUUAAGCCAACUCCUCCUUAAACAACACUACUUUUGCCUACGCUAAGAUGUUCUUUCCAACCUCGGCUAACAGCUAUAAUGUCAACCCUCUUUCUAACCUUCCUUCUUCUUCUUCUUGCCAACUUCCCCAAGUUCUUUUAAGCCAUGAACCUAAUGACAAUGCUUUCAAUAAUCACCACCACCAUGAUCUGGUGCUGGCUUCUUCAUUUUUGCCCGCUUCUGCAAACCCUCAGCAGCUUAACCUCAACGAGACUUUACUCAACAUGGCGCUUUUGAACGAGGACGGAAAUCGUGGGGUGCUUGGUUUUGGUGGUGGGCUUCGUCCGGGGUUGGGUUUUUCCGUCAAGAAGGCCCUGAAGAAAGAUCGGCACAGCAAGAUUUGCACCGCGCAAGGGGUGAGGGAUAGGAGGGUGAGGCUGUCCAUAGAAAUCGCCCGCGAUUUCUUUUGUCUUCACGACAUGCUAGGGUUUGAUAAAGCAAGCAAAACGGUGGAGUGGCUGCUUAGGAACUCCAGGAACGCCAUUAAAGAGCUGACGAAGAUGAAGCAAUAUGGGAAUGUUGGUCAAAAGAGGUUGUUCCUCGUCUCUGAUGAUGAUGACGAUCAGUACAAAAUGAUGGCGAAGAAUCGAUUGCUUGAUGUCGAUGGAGGAGAAAGCAACUCACUUGAGCUAGAGGGUGUUUUUUCAAAAGUGGAAAAGUUGCAGAAAUUAGCAGCAACCCCUCUUAAAGAGUCAAGGGCAAAGGCAAGGGCAAAGGCAAGGGCAAGAGCAAGGGAAAGAACUAGAGAAAAGAUGAACAGUGGUAGUGCUAGAGCUCAUGAGUGGAACAUAUGUUCAGAUUCAAGCACUCAUCCAUUGACCCAACAACUGGAAAUAUCCAAGAAACCAGAUCAUUUAGUGUAUGGCCACAACAACAUGGCAUCGUCUUCCUUUAAAGUCGUUACUCAUCAAGUUGAACAACCUAGUGCAGCAUCAAGAGAAAAUGUCUUCGAAAAAUCUAUAGUGAUCAGAAGGAUGUUGAAGCCAUCUACAAUUUUGGGUUAUCAGCAAAGCCUUGCAACUUCAAAGGAUGCAAUCUGCAACACCUGUUGCAGUAAUGGCUUCCCCAAUUUGUCCCAGAAUUGGGAUAUUAAUGGUGCAAUGGCUCACUCUACCCUUUGUGCUAUAACCAAUGUCAAUCCCUCAACCGGAGUUCAACUAUAUGGAAAACCCUGAGAGGCCUGCUUUGCUUGCAGUGAAGGACCAUAGUGCUUAUAUGCAGUGCAUGAG